AUGUUAAUCCGACCCACAAGCCUCGUUCUUCAUGCAAUUACUCAUUCCCCAGCACUGAGAGAAAUUUCCCGCGAAACCCCGGAGUCCCACGAAUAUGUCGAUUCUAUCAAAUGGGGUACUGUGCAUAUGGAGCUGGCUGUGAGUUCCUUCAUCCACGUAAUAGAGAAGACGCUGGAAUCACUGCUACCGCGGGACGAUGAAUCGGCUGUGUUGACAAAGCGAGAGGAUUUCGGCUACAAGAGAGGGGAAGUGUUCUCUGCCAGAGACAGUCUCUCAGCGGAGGAUCUGAAGAUCUACUCUAAGAAGGGGGAAAACGGUUUCUCGUCCAUUCCUCUCCUACCCCCACCGGAAGAGCUGUUGUCGUCCUUUGGGUUUGGUUCCGUCGCGCCCUUGGGGUUGGGGGGGGGUGGUUUGUUUCCGGGUGGGGGUGCGGAUGUGGGCGGUCUGCCGUGUGCUUCUUGGAUCCCGGCGUUGAUGGACUUCCUCUUUCAGAAUGUCCCUCAAAUAAUUCAAGCAAUUUUCUUUGAUGACAAAUCCAUACUCGAGUGUACGCCGAAUGUGGAUGACAUUAAUUACAAAGAUACACAACUGAGAACUCCACUACACGCGGCAGCACAUGCUGGAGAUGUGGACUUCGUUGAAUUCUUACUGACUAACAACGCGCGUGUCAAUGUAAAGGAUAUAAAGUGGUACACUCCCCUUCAUCACGCAUGUGCGUCGGAUGCUCCCUCGGUGGUACAGCUCUUAUUAGACAACGGUGCAGACAGGAAUAUGCGAGAGAAGGGCUGGCUCACUCCUCUACAUGUUGCUGCGUAUAAUGGCAGCUUGGAGUGCGCUCGUCUCUUACUCUUUUACAACACCGAAGACGGUGAAUGUGGCACGAAUGUAAACGCUUCGGAUCGUGGUGGCCACGCUCCUUUACACCACGCGGUUUAUGGGGGACACUUGGAUAUGGUCCGUUUGCUCCUGACAAACGGUGCCUCUGUGAACGCCUUCGACAAAAACGAUCGGCGUGCCAUGCAUUGGGCGGCUGCCUGUGAUCUUCCCAGUAUCAUGGAGUUGCUCUGCGAAUUCGGCGCUGAGGUGAAUUGUCGGGACAAAUUUUUGUACACUCCUUUGCAUGUUGCCGCAGCCCUUGGACACGUCAACGUGGCAAAGCAACUAAUGGACCGUGGGGCAGAGCUUGAUGCUGUUACCGCAAGAGGCAAUUCUGUUUUACAUACGGCAUGCCUGAAUGGCAGUAGAGAAAACGUGAAGGCGAUUUUGGAGAGACUGGCGAUGAGCCAAGAUGCUGAAGUGCUAAUAAGGAAGGCAUUGACUGAGUGCAACAGCGAUGGCUACACUGCGCUCCAUCUCUCCGUCAUUAGCCCGGGAGGUGCGGGAUGCUUGGAGGAACUGAUUUCCUUCUGCAUUCAAUUUGAUGAACAGAGACUGGCAAGUCCAUCAACUUCUACUGCGCCACCAUCACCGACACUUUUAUUGAAUCCAGAAAUCGCCGGAGGAUAUAACUCCUGGACUCCACUGCAUCUGGCUGCGGUUUAUGGCAGAAACAAACAAGCGGAGACGCUAUUACAAAUGGAAGUCAAUCGGCAGCCUUUGGACAGACAUGGAAACACCCCACUCCACCUGGCAGCCGGCAGAGGUCACGAGUUGGUACUCACCACCCUCCUCGACGCUGGCGCCCCAUGGAAUGCCCUUGGUAACGGUGGUGCCACCCCCUUGCACUGUGCCGCCGCUUCCGGCUACUCCUCCUGUCUCAGUCGCUUGCUGGAGGUGGCGACGAAGUACUGGGAUGAGGUGGAAAUGGCGGUUGAGGAGUUUGCAGAGGUAGAAGAGGGUUAUCCCCUCUACACGCGUCCCAUGCGCGCCCUCAAGGAUGAUAUGGGUCGAAACCUAGUGCACGCCGCUGCUCUGGGCGGUUCAAUCGAGUGCCUGCGCAGCGUCCUUUUCGCUGGCGGCGGACCAUUCGAGGUGGAUCGAUUCGGGCGCACUGCACUCCACUUUGCAAUACUCUCCGUCGCAUUGGCCCGUCGCUACACUACGGACGAACCACCCAUCCGCGUGCCCAUCAAGUGCAGCUCUACUUCUGAAGUGGUCCGUGUCCUUCUCAAGCUGGGUAUAGAUCCAGACACCCCGGACGUUGAUGGCUGUACAGCACUCCACCUGGCCUCUGCCUUUGACAUCGAAGGCCAUCUUGUAAAGCUGCUUCUGCGCUACGGUGCCGACCGUUACGCCGUCUUCGCACGUAGGCCCAAGCCUCAACUGAUCUCCCGCCCCAACUCGCAAGACAGCCUUCGGUCCGCUUCGCGCCCUGUCUCUCGCCGAAGCUCUACCGCCUCAUCAAACUUGGGGAGUAGUAACAGCCUCAGCAAUAUUUUGGAAGGGGACCCCUCACCUUACGACCCCGUCACUCCUCACACACCUGAUGUGGAACAGGGCAAGGUGGCAUACUAUCCCCUCCACUUGGCCGCUGCUAUGGGUAAUAGCGUCGCCCUAGAACUCCUCCUUCAGGGAAUGUCCAAAGCAAAGCUUUGCCGGUUAAUUCUUGAUUCAGCGAAGAUGACCAAAUAUUCCCCGGAUGGGGAAGAGGGGAAGAAGAAAGAUGCUCCCAACUCAUCCAGUUGGUACUUCUAUUCGCCCCUCUUUCUGGCCGCCUAUCGUGGGCGGGGAGAUUGUGUCGAGAUGCUUUUGAAUGCCUGUGCGGAGCCAUUCGCUAAGCCGAUGGAGAAGGAGAGAGAUGAGGGAAGGGAUGAUUCAAACGGGCCGAAGGAAGAAGAGGAGGACGAGGAUUUCCAUCACCAUCCACUAUUGAGCGAAAAGCGGCCUUGUGGUCGACUUACCGAUCCACUGGGUCGGACACUGCUGCACUACGCCGCGCACGCGGGUCAUCUAGAGACGUGCCAGGUGUUGGUAAUGCACCACCUCAGUCAGGCCGAUCCUACAAUCAAGGACGGCCUAAAUGGGUGGACUGCUGUGCACCACGCUGCCGCACGGGGUCACUGUUCAGUGCUUCAGUUUCUUCUUCGUUGGCAUGCGUUGAAAAUGGACCCUUCACUGGAUUUAAUAAACGUUCGAGAUGAGAAUGGUCGUACACCGUUGAUGUUGGCGGCACAAUACCAGCGACUCACUGCGAUUCACUUCCUCACCACCUUUCAAACGCGCCCUUCGAAAAACGUGGAGGUCAAUGGACGCAACGUCGACGCUCACAUUAUUCACCGUGUCAACCUCAGCGACAAAUUGGGUCGAACAGCCCUUCAUCGCACCGCUGUCAAUGGGCAAACUGAGGGUAUGAAAAUUCUCCUUGAAGUGUUGAUGUGCCAAUCAAGGAUCGAGGGUGAGACGGAGGUUAGAUGCGCUGGGAGAAUGUUUGUGGUGCUAGAUGGAUGCUGUGCUGCUGCCUGUGGACCAGGACUGUGGGCUGGGGUUGUGGACCGUGAGCAUUGGGUCUGGCGACUGAGCGGCAACUUUUUGCAUCAGUAUUCGGCUGGAGCCUCGUUGACGGCUGCUGACGUCUAUGGCAGGCAGGCGCUGCAUCUAGCGGCGUGCAGCGGACAGCUACACACCCUGUCGUACAUCUGUGAUGCCUUGCAAGCGAAGUCAACUACCUCUUCUGCCGCCAAGGCCGAAGCUGAAGUCAUUGCUCCCUUGGACGCUCGGGGUUUCACACCUCUUCAUCUCGCCGUCUACCGCAACCGCGUCCAUUGUGUCAGAAAUCUUCUUCGAUUCAAGGCUUACCAAAGCCUUUUUGGCAACACCUAUACGCCGCUCCACUGUGCUGCUGCAUGGGGCGAUGCCACGUGUCUCGUGGACCUCUUAAAAGUCUACCCUCCGUCGGAUCUCAAAACGCAAGAUGUGCGCGAUUCCACUCCCCUCCACAUCGCGGCCAUGGCUAAUAAAACAAAUCCCAUCAGGACCAUUCUCGACUUCAUCAUGGAUGCGGCACUGCGAAAUAACAAUGAGAUUAAUUUCUCACUGAAGGACGCCCUCAACGCUCACGAUGUCCGAGGCUGUACGCCGCUCAUGGCGGCAGCUCGGGCCGGCGCGGCGAGAGCCUUCUCCUACCUCAUCGAAGUCCACCUCAACGUGGACGAUGAUUUCAAGACGACGCUAUUCGAUACAGACCACGAAGGCUACAACAUCCUGCAUCAAGCUCUCUGUGCACCCACUGAAAAGACUGCGCUGAGUAUCAUUUAUCGACCCCCAUGCCAAGCACUGCUCGACCAGGCAACUCCUGAUGGCCUCACUCCACUUCAUCUGGCCACCAGGGCGGACUUCAAAAAUGUCGUUACUGAACUGAUUAAACGAGGUGCCAAUGCCUUUCGUACUGACUCCUCGGGCAAGCUGCCUAUCCAUGCCGUCGCCAAAACUGAUCAGUCCCUCAAGUGUCUGAGGGCCCUUCUAUUUGAGAUGAUGCCUCAACUGAAGGAAAUCGAGACAGAUCCCGUGUUUUCAGUACCGAGAACCUUUCCUGACAAUCCUAUGGCAGACUCCAUUCGCAGCUCUGAUCCGGAAUUCUACUAG